ACGUAGCGCAUGUGCUCAUGCAGAAAUGCUUGCCAUAUUAUUUCAAAUCUGAACGUGUAUUGGGGUUGUCCACCCGCACUGAUCUACAGUAUCCAAUAGAGGGGUCUCAGUGGGAGUGGAUAUUGUUUCUGAAUUACUGCGUCGAUAUG